AUGGCAGCACAUUUGGAUGACGAUAAGGUGUUUCUAGAGACGGCACGGAUUGUGAUUCGAGAUGAUUACGGUAAUGAGCAUGAGGCAAGGGCUCUACUGGAUUCGGGGUCCAUGUCUAAUUUCAUCUCUGAGGAAUGCGCUCGCAAACUAAUGACCAACCGCAACAAGGUCAAUAUUGCUGUUUCGGGCAUCGGAAAUGCGGUGGUACAUCAAGUAAGGGGUUCGAUCGGCGCUACAGUUCGGUCCAAGAAUCAACCCUUCGCUACGGAAAUGGCUUUCUUGAUUUUGGACAAGCCAUCAGCUGCCAUCCCUACUUCAUUUUCGGACAUCUCAUCGUGGAAAAUGCCAGAUGUGGCAUUGGCUGAUCGCGCCUUCAACGUUCCGGCGGAAGUCGACAUCAUCAUCGGAGGCGAUACUUUCUGGGAACUUCACACCGGUCGCAAACGCUCUCUCGGCAUGGGAAGACCGUGGCUGGUGGAAACCCAUUUCGGUUGGGUGGUCACCGGAAACAUUCAUCAUUCAUCGCCUGGUCCGCGACUGUGUCAUCUCGCAGCAAACGGCAUACCAUUAGAAGACAUCAUGCAGCGGUUUUGGCAGAACGAAACCAUAGCCGAGGAUACUGUCUUAUCGGUGGAAGAAGAUGCCUGCGAAAGACACUACGUGGCUACUACCGUCCGCAACACUUCGGGGAGGGGAUUCUAA